UGUUGCCAUGGAACACUAGUGAAACCACGAACCACAGAAAACAGCAGCAGGCUUAUUACAGAGAUCAGUGCAUCAUUUACCCAAAUUGCUGUUGCUUAAAAAAGAUGCUCCCAUGGAAGCAUCUAGAUAUGCUCAAUAAAAGCAGGGUUUGGAAAAAGGAAUAUUUGGAGCCAGUAUUGAGAAAGGUGACAAGAUCAUGAUGCCACAGCCGACGCUCUCUGAGUGAAGAAAUUUGGUGCACACAUCAGGGCUCAGAGGCACCCUGUCGACUUGCUCUGCACGGCCAGGCUUUUCCCAACAAAGGUGGACAGCGGCAAAAGAAAGAAGAUGAGAAGGGGGUGGGGGGGGUCCAGCACAGAGGUGCCCCCUGUCCUCAAGCACCUGCUGCUGGCUAGCGUCUGACAUUGAGGACACUGUCUGUGUGUCUGCACAUGAGUGUAUGUGCAUGUGAAGUAGGAGAAGAGAAGACAUAUGCAUUUGUGUCAGUUUGGAGGAUCAGCACAAAUUUUUGCUGAGGAGGAAGGAAGGACAUACACACACACGGACGGACGGAUCAUCUGAAGAAUUCAUAGGAGAUCUCCAACAUCUCAUGCCCCUGCUCCCCUUGCGGAGGGAUGGGCACCACAAAAGCUACUCUAAGAAUGGAGAACAUGGAAGUGAAAGACGAGUGGCAGGAUGAAGACUUCCCAAGACUUCUACCUGAGUACGGAGACAUGGACUCCUCUUGUGGCCUCACAGACAACAGAGCCUCUCCACCCAACUCCCUGAAUAUGAGCUCACCUGGAGGAGGCGCAGGCGUGUCAUCCUCGCACCGUACAAGGCGUACAUUGGUUGCCCCCGAGAUGAACCUGUCCCUAGAUAAAAGCGAGGGAUCUCUGCUGUCAGAUGACUUCCUGGACACACCUGAUGACCUGGACAUCAAUGUGGAUGACAUUGACACGCCAGAUGAGACAGACUCGUUGGAGUUCAUCACCAAUGGCAAUGACCUGGAGUGGGAAGAUGACACCCCAGUGGCCUCGGCCAAAGCAGGUACAACUGGUGGUUCGGGAGACUUGGAUGAGGAAGGAAAUGCCAACAAUGGACGCCUCUGGAGGUCAGUGAUCAUUGGAGAACAGGAGCACAGGAUUGACAUGCAGAUUAUCCGACCGUACCAGAGAGUCAUCACCCAUGGGGGAUAUUUUGGGGAAGGCCUGAAUGCCAUCAUUGUUUUCUCUGCAUGCUACCUGCCUGACAGCAGCAUCCCAGAAUACCACUACAUCAUGGAAAACCUUUUCCUGUAUGUGGUAAGCAGUCUUGAGAUGCUCGUAGCUGAAGACUACCUGAUCAUCUACAUGAAUGGAGCCACUCCCAGGAGUAAGAUGCCUGGAAUUAGCUGGCUAAAGAAAUGCUACCAGAUGAUUGACAGAAGGUUGAGAAAGAAUUUGAAGUCUCUGGUCAUUGCUCAUCCUUCUUGGUUCAUUCGCACUAUACUGGCUAUAUCCAGGCCCUUUAUCAGUGUGAAAUUCAUGAAUAAGAUCCAGUAUGUUCAGAGCCUAGAUGAACUGGCCCUAAUGGUCCCCAUGGAGCACGUGCAUGUGCCGGAAUGUGUUAUGCAGUUUGAUGAGGAGCGGAUUAAAGCUCGCAGAGAAAGGAUGGAGCAACAGCAGAGGCAGCAACAGUCAGGCCCACAGGAACCGGUUAACAAAAAAUCUGAGAGCUGGGAUAGGCUCCAGCACGGCCGCGACCCUCGUGAGGAGAAGCGGUACAGAAAAGGGAUGGAUGGAUGGAUGAUUGCCGUUGUUGCAACUUUUAACCAUCUCAAAAAAUCCUCACUGCAUUAUCCUCUUUCCAGGCCAAAGUCAGUGUCUGUAGAGCAAGGAAUAUGAAAAGGGGAGAACUCUCUGAAUCAAGGUAAUAUGACCUGUUGUUGUAUAAUGUUACCGUACUUUUAUGAACAUCGAAGUUGUCCCGUGCUUUGGAGUAGACACAGAAGAGCCUCCUGCAUCGCAUCAACUCAAUGGCAACUUCAUUUGGUACAGGUGGUACGAUGUGCUCAAAACCAUAUUGAAACAAAUAUAAUAAUACUCCAUUUUGUUUAAAACAACUAGAGUGUUAUUAAUUUACCAGGAUUUUUAACGUUGUGCUAUGAGGUUUUUCUAAUAUUUUGGUUACAUUUCACUACAUGAGGGGCCAAAUAUUAUAUGUAUGGCCCAAUGAAGUUCAACACCAUUGCAAACAAACAAUAUGAAUACAUAUAUUCUCAUUCAUAUUAGAUCGUGCAUGCAUGUCUGUCAUGUUUACCCUGAUGCUGAGGCAACAAAUUAUUUAUAUCACAAUAAGCAUUUUUGACUUGAAGUUCAACUAUAUCACUGGGCCAUCACAACAAAAGAUUAUAACCAAUAUAAAAAUAGAGCUUAAAUAAAAUAGUUUUCCCAUUAAUGAGUGCACCAAAUUAUUAUUUUUUUGUCUCUCUCUUUAAUUCACUCACAGAGGUUUUUCUUAGGAUGUUUGAAAUGUGUUUUGCGUUGGGGCCUUGAAGGUUGUGUUGAUGAAGUUCUGUUUUUUUUGUUCCCUUAUAUGCUGAGCUUUAUAACACGAUUACUGUAUACACAAUUACACAUGCAUAUAAGGGCCUGUUAAUUUUGAUGCAUUUAUGUAAUAGCGUAAUGUAUAUGAAAAACCUAUAAUUGCAUGUAUAGACUUUAUAUAAGUCAAAACUACAUAUAGAGAGCAAGUAGUAGGACUUACAUGUAAACUGUGCCAAAGUAUGAAAUUUAUUGCCUCUUCUUUCAUUCUAUUUUUUUCUCUUUUUCUCUCUUUCUUUCUUUCUUUCUUUCGAUCAGAAUUUCUUGCUUUUUAUUCUUUUUUCAUUCCUUUUUCAUUCUUUCUCUCAUUUUAUGUCUUUUCUGUUUAUAUGUUCAAAUAAAGAAAGCCCUCUAUCACUCUUCUUUUGCUGCAGUGUGCCACGUGGAGCAGGAAUCUCUUUAUUGAAGCUUCAAAGAGGCAGCAAUCCAACCAGUCUACAUGUGCUUCUUUAUUUGCUCAUCAUUUUUUGAUCACAGUACAAUGGCAAAUGCAACAUCUCAUCUUUUAGUCCUUUUUAACGAGAGGGGUACGUUUGCAAAGGAGCUUGCCGUUCCCUUGAACUCUAUUGGCCAACUUUUGCACUUUAAUGUUGGGAACACCUCACACUGAACAUUUGCCCUACAUGAUUCACUGGACGACGGACAACUAAAGGAUUUUGCUCUUCUUUUGAUAAAACUCCUAAAAUGAAGGAAGUGAGGGUAUUGUUCACAGGCGCGACCAGAAAGUGGUGUAAGUAAAAACAGUUUGGUGCAAGAGAUAGAUCUAUAUAUAAAGUGUUGUAGAUGUAAAUACUGCAAUACAAUGUCUUUGAUUUUGCGCCAUGCUGUUAUAUCAUAUAAAGCCUUUUCAAGCUUUCUCCUUUGCGGACCUGAGAAUCAAAGAGUGUACAUAUGCACUGACAAAACCAUUCUCUGACCUCCAUCUGUACUUUACCACCUUACCAUGUGCCUCUCUCUUCUUGAAUGUAAAAUGCAGAAAUAUGACAACUAUUUGCCCACGCACCUGCUCAUAUCGGUUUAUGUACUCUAUUCGCUAGUUCCUUUUUGUUAUCAUUUACCACCCCUUUGGCCGAGAGCUACAAAUAACUCCAUAGAAUAACACUCGGACAAACCAAGGCCGAACAAUCUCUUUGCAUAAUCCUGCUAAAAUGCAAAUGAACAUCACUGGAAAGGAAACAUAAGCUCCCUGGUGGAGGUAAUGAAUGCAGCUGUUUUAAACCCUUCUCUUCACUUUCUCAGUGUAAGUAAAUCACUCAUGUCAAUACAUGCUACUACAACCACCUUGUACAGUAUGUUCCAAAACGGAGAUAACUCUGGAUAUCGAAAUCAUGAAUGAAUCAAUGCUUGCCGACUUCUUUAUCGCAUGUUUAUGAUCAUACAAAUAUAUUUCAUCUAAAAUAGAUUAAUAGUUUAUGUAUCACUAGGUUUUGCUCAUUUUUAAAAAAUUGUACUUUACAUAAUUUUUACACCACUCUUCAAUGCACGUCCAAGUAUUGUACACAUUUUAUUUUUAUAAAUGCACACUAAAACAAUAUAAAUGAGUUUUGUCAGUUCGACGCGAAAAAAUACAUUGUUAUACUUUUCCAACAUACUGUGUCUUUAACUAGCGAAGUACAAUUGUGUGAAACAGGCUGACAUAAAAAUGUCAUUUUUUUUUGGGUGUAAUUGUUAUUUCAGAUUGUGAUGGAAAUUGGUGUCUAAAGCUUCAUCAGUAUAGUACCUGAUGAUAUUGUCGUAUUCAAGAAGUUUAACCCUUUCUGAAAUAUCACAUUUUAUGGAGGGACUGUUUUUUUCUGCUCUCUCUCUCGUCUUCCACUGGUGAGACUUUUUUUGUAGCAGGACAGAACAGAGCAAAAUAAUAUUUUUCUAUUAAAUCUGCAUCAUUGUAUUGCUUUCAAACAUUUGGAAUUGUAUGACUUGUUUAGCAUCGGGAGUUAUUGAUGGCCUCCAAGUGUAUUUUGUUAAAUUAGUAAGCGCUUACUGCGAUUGGCUGGCGACCAGUUCAGCGUGUACCCCGCCUCUCGCCCGAAGUCAGCUGGGAUAGGUGCCAGCACACCGUGACCCUAGGAAGGAUAAGCGGUUAAGAGAAUGGAUGGAUGGAUAGUAAGAACUUAUGCAUAAGAAGAGAGGCCAUGGAAUUUGAAGAAAUAUUACAAAAGUCAUUUGUUACUUUAUUAAUUCAAUAUUUUGGGACUCUUCACCAUCAAACUUGAGAGAAAUGUUUUAUCAAGCCUGAUGUGAUUUUGUUGAGCGCCUCAUGUUGAAGUCAUUGAGAAAUAUGACAGUCAUAUAGACUUGUUAUUAAAUGUAGCCAAACCCUGUCCUAUCUCUAUGCUGUGUAGACAAAUGUGAACUCACUUGAACUUUCCAAAAUGAUUUUCCUUUUGACCCUAAAAGCACAAUGUAGUCACACAGACGCCAGCUAUUUUUGCUCUUUAGAUUCCUACACAACGAGUUGUUUUGCGUAGUUUGAGGAUUACAUCUGCAUUGUGAAUAGAACUGAAUAAAUAGUCCAUCCUCAAAAUCAA